GCGAGACGCCAUGAAGCUCAACGUGGACGGGCUGCUGGUCUACUUCCCGUACGACUACAUCUACCCGGAGCAGUUCUCCUACAUGCUGGAGCUCAAGCGCACGCUGGACGCCAAGGGUCAUGGAGUCCUGGAAAUGCCCUCAGGCACUGGGAAGACAGUGUCCCUGCUGGCCCUGAUAGUGGCCUACCAGAGGGCUUUUCCGCUGGAGGUGACCAAACUUAUCUACUGCUCUCGGACCGUACCUGAGAUUGAGAAGGUCAUAGAAGAGCUUCGCAAGCUGCUCAGCUACUAUGAGCAGCAGGAGGGCGAGAAGCUGCCGUUCUUAGGACUAGCGCUGAGCUCAAGAAAGAACCUGUGCAUUCAUCCCGAGGUGACACCACUGCGCUUUGGGAAGGAUGUGGAUGGCAAGUGCCACAGCCUCACGGCCUCAUACGUGCGGGCCCAGUACCAGCAGGACGCCAGCCUGCCUCACUGCCGUUUCUAUGAGGAAUUUGACACCCAUGGACGCCAGGUGCCCCUCCCUGCAGGCAUCUACAACCUGGAUGACCUGAAGGCCGUGGGGCAGCGGCAGGGCUGGUGCCCCUACUUCCUGGCUCGAUACUCGAUCCUGCAUGCCAACGUGGUGGUUUACAGCUACCACUAUCUCCUGGACCCCAAGAUCGCAGACCUGGUGUCCAAAGAGCUGGCCCGCAAGGCUGUUGUGGUCUUCGACGAAGCCCACAACAUUGACAAUGUGUGCAUCGACUCCAUGAGUGUCAACCUCACCCGCAGGACUCUGGACCGCUGCCAGAGCAACUUGGACACCCUGCAGAAGACUGUGCUCAGGAUCAAGGAGACGGAUGAGCAGCGGCUGCGGGACGAGUACCGGCGCCUGGUAGAGGGGCUGCGGGAGGCCAGUGCGGCACGGGAGACGGAUGCCCACCUGGCAAACCCUGUGCUGCCCGACGAGGUGCUGCAAGAGGCCGUGCCAGGCUCCAUCCGCACAGCCGAGCACUUCCUGGGUUUCCUGCGGCGGCUGCUGGAGUACGUCAAGUGGCGGCUGCGCGUGCAGCAUGUGGUGCAGGAGAGCCCGCCUGCCUUCCUCAGCGGCCUGGCCCAGCGCGUGUGCAUCCAGCGCAAGCCCCUCAGGUUCUGUGCUGAGCGCCUGCGUUCCCUGCUGCACACCUUGGAGAUCGCGGACCUGGCGGACUUCUCCCCGCUCACACUCCUUGCUAACUUUGCCACUCUCGUCAGCACUUACGCCAAGGGGUUCACCAUUAUCAUCGAGCCCUUCGACGACAGGACCCCCACCAUCGCCAACCCCAUCCUGCACUUCAGUUGUAUGGACGCCUCCUUGGCCAUCAAGCCUGUGUUUGAACGCUUCCAAUCUGUCAUCAUCACCUCUGGGACAUUGUCCCCCCUGGACAUCUACCCCAAGAUCCUGGACUUCCACCCCGUCACAAUGGCAACCUUCACCAUGACGCUGGCCCGAGUUUGCCUCUGCCCAAUGAUCAUCGGCCGUGGUAAUGACCAGGUGGCCAUCAGCUCCAAAUUUGAGACCAGGGAAGAUAUUGCUGUAAUCCGAAACUAUGGCAACCUCCUGCUGGAGAUGUCUGCUGUGGUCCCCGACGGCAUUGUGGCCUUCUUUACCAGCUACCAAUACAUGGAAAGCACUGUGGCCUCCUGGUAUGAGCAGGGCAUCCUUGAGAACAUCCAGAGAAACAAGCUGCUCUUCAUUGAGACCCAGGACGGGGCAGAGACCAGCGUGGCCCUGGAGAAGUACCAAGAGGCGUGUGAAAAUGGCCGGGGGGCCAUUCUGCUCUCGGUGGCUCGGGGCAAAGUGUCAGAAGGGAUUGACUUUGUGCACCACUAUGGACGGGCUGUGAUCAUGUUCGGGGUCCCCUAUGUCUACACCCAGAGCCGAAUUCUCAAGGCCCGGCUGGAGUACCUGCGGGACCAGUUCCAGAUCCGAGAGAAUGACUUCCUCACCUUUGACGCCAUGCGCCAUGCAGCCCAGUGUGUGGGCCGCGCCAUCAGGGGCAAGACGGACUACGGUCUCAUGGUCUUCGCUGACAAGCGCUUCGCACGGGCUGACAAACGGGGGAAGCUGCCUCGGUGGAUCCAGGAGCACCUGACUGACUCCAACCUCAACCUGACUGUGGACGAGGGCGUGCAGGUUGCCAAGUACUUCCUGCGGCAGAUGGCGCAGCCCUUCCACCGGGAAGAUCAGCUGGGGCUGUCACUGCUCAGCCUGGAGCAGCUGCAGUCAGAGGAGACGCUGCGGCGGGUUGAGCAGAUCGCACAGCAGCUCUGAACACAGACUGGUGACAUCG